GCUUGUGCUUGCAUAUGAAUUAUGUGAUUUCUGGUGACCCAUUUUUCAAAUGUAUGAACAAAGAUUGCAUUAAGUCAUCAGUGACAAAACACGAAGAUAACAUAUGGGUGGAAGUUAAGCAGGAUAGAGAGCCAAGUUUAUAAAUCAGUUGCAUUGCAAUCCUGAAUAUAUGUGAUCUCAACCAAAAUGCAGUCUAUUGCCAUCACCACCACCCCAUUCUUUCUCCAUUCUAAUUUCGAAACUGGCAUUACUCUAAUCCCUCCAAAUUCGUUAACUCCACCAUCUUAUCCCCUCGGAAAACGCCUCACAAAGGCUUUCUCUGUUACAGUCUUUGAAAACCUUCCAAAGACUGCCAAAACCCAUGAAAUCUCUACCGGGUAUUUUUCAGAAAAUGGGGAGCUAAACAAUGUUUCACUUUUGCUUCAGUCCAUGGGUUUUGAAAACCCAGAUGAGUGUAAUGAAACCUAUGCCUUGAUUCUUCAGAAAUGUCGUAAAUAUUAUGCAUGGCAACUGGGUUUGCAAAUUCAUGCGCAUAUGAUUGUUUUUGGAGUUGAAUUGUGUCCUUUUCUUGGUAGUCAGCUACUGGAAUUUUAUUGUAAGAGUGGUUGUUUUGAGGAUGCACGUAAACUGUUUGAUGAAAUGCCGGAAAGAAAUGUUUUUAGUUGGACAUCAGUUAUAGGGAUGUAUAGUAGUUUAGGUGAUCAUGAAGAGGUGCUUGAUCUCUUUUAUUUGAUGAUUGAUGAAAGGGUUCGUCCUGAUCACUUCAUCUUUCCCAAGGUUUUCAAAGCAUGUUCUGAGUUGAAGGAUUACCGGUUGGGGAAGGAUGUACAUGAUUACAUGUUGAGUAUUGGGUUUGAGGGGAAUUAUUGCGUUAAACGGUCGCUUCUUGACAUGUUUAUAAAGUGUGGUAGAAUGGAUAUCGCAAGGAUGUUAUUUGAAGAAAUGGAAUUUAAAGAUUUGGUUAUGUGGAACAUGAUGGUUUCAGGGUAUGUUACAAACGAGGAUUUCAAGAAAGCUUUCAAGUGUGUGAAUGACAUGAAGCUUGAUGGUAUAAUGCCUGAUCAAGUUACAUGGAAUUCUAUCAUUACUGGUUAUGCUCGAAUUGGGAAAUUGAAGGAGGCCUCUAGAAUUCUUUUCAAAAAAGAUGGGUCAAAACGUUUUCAACCCAAUGUGGUCUCUUGGACAGCACUGAUAACUGGAAAUGAGCAGAACGGCCAUCCUUAUGAAGCACUGCAAAUUUUCAGAAAAAUGGUGAUGGGGGGAGAAAAUCCGAACUCAGUGACCAUUGCUAGUGUUAUUUCUGCUUGUACCAUCUUGUCUUUUUCCCAACAUGGCAAAGAAGUACAUGGAUAUUGCAUAAAGAGAGAUGAAUUGGACUCAGAUUUGCUGGUAGGCAACUCUUUAGUCGACUUCUAUUGCAAAUGCCAAUCCUUAGAUUUGGCACGUCAAAAAUUUAGAAAUAUGAAAGAAAAGGAUUUGGUGUCAUGGAAUGCGUUGCUAUCUGGUUAUGCACUAAGUGGUUGUCGCGAGGAUGCUUUUGAGCUUCUUCGCGAGAUGGAUUUACAGGGAGUUGAAACUGAUAUUAUCACUUGGAAUGGAUUGAUUACAGGUUACACAAAGAAUGGAGAUGGGGAGACAGCUCUAGAAUUCUUUUAUAGAAUGCUGAAAACGGGCAGGUAUCCCAACACAACCUCCAUAUCUGGAGCUCUUUCAGCUUGUGCGCAAGUAAAAGAUUUGAGACUUGGGAAGGAGAUUCAUGGUUAUGUUACAAGGAACAAGUAUGACAUGUCCACCGGCAUUGGGAGUGCUCUUAUAUCAAUGUACUCAAUAUGUGGUUCUUUGGAAGCUGCCUGUUCCGUGUUUAACCACCUCUCCACGAUAGAUAUUGUGAUUUGGAAUUCGAUUAUCUCUGCAUGUGCACAAAAGGGUUAUGGAAUUAGUGCUUUAAACUUGCUAAGACAAAUGAUUGCAAGUGAUAUGGAACCAGAUACAAUAACUAUGGUUUCAGCACUCCCUGCUUGUUCAAGAUUAGCUGUUCUACGCCAGGGUAAAGAGAUUCACCAGCUCAUUCUCAGACGUGGGCUUGAUUUUGGGAAUUCUAUAUGGAAUGCCCUUAUUGACAUGUAUGGACGAUGUGGUUCAGUAUCUAAAAGUCGGAAAGUCUUUGAUUUGAUACCUCAGAGAGAUCUAGUUUCAUGGAAUGUGAUGAUUUCGGUGUAUGGAAUGCAUGGGUUAGGGGUGGAGGCUGUAAAUCUUUUUCACCAUACGAGGGAUAUAGGAGUAAAGCCAAAUCAUUUCACAUUCACAAACCUUUUAUCGGCUUGUAGUCACUCUGGGUUGAUUGAUGAGGGAUGGGAGUCUUUCAAAAUGAUGACAUCAGAGUAUGCUUUGGAACCGGCCAUGGAGCAGUAUUCUUGUAUGGUAGACCUAAUGGCACGUUCCGGUCUGUUUAAUGAUUCUUUGGAGUUCAUGAAAAAGAUGCCAUUUGAGCCAAAUGCAGCCGUUUGGGGAUCCUUAUUGGGUGCUUGUAGAAUCCAUUGCAAUGUUGAGAUUGCAGAAUAUGCAGCAGGGAAAAUAUUCGAACUUGAGCCCUUAUGUUCUGGAAAUUACAUUCUCCUGGCGAACAUUUAUGCAACAGCAGGGCGAUGGGAGGACGCAGCUCAAAUACGUAGUUUGAUGAGGAAGAAAGGCGUUACAAAGAACCCAGGUUGUAGUUGGAUUGAGGUGAAGAGAAAAUUUCACAGCUUCAUUGUAGGCGAUGUUUCACACCCUUCGAUUGAUAAGAUAAUGGAAAAGAUUAAAAGCUUGUAUUUGGAAAUCAAGGAAAUCGGGUAUGUCCCUAACACUGACUUUGUUUUGAAGAAUGUUGAUGAGGCUGAGAAGGAAUUCAGCCUUUGUGGACACAGUGAGAAAUUGGCUAUAGCUUUUGGGUUAAUUAGCACACCAGUUGGAACCCCUUUAAGAAUAAUCAAGAACUUGAGGAUCUGUGGAGAUUGCCACUCAGCAACAAAGUACAUAUCCAAGGUUGAAAAUAGAGAGAUCAUUAUGAGGGACAACUACAGGUUUCAUCACUUUGUUGAUGGGGUUUGCUCAUGCAGAGAUUAUUGGUAGACAAAUGGUAAAUCUGUGGAAGGAGAUAAGAAUCCAAUCGCUGGAAAGAUCCCAAUUGUUAAUGUCGUUGGUGAAUUCCUGUCAAUGACACGGUAUCGGGUUGCUUUAUUGUAUCGGCGAUAUGGUCAUGUAGUUGUUGAUGUCGGACAGUCGGCCGAUGCAUAGGUAAAACGCCUGGUGCAAUGUUAAUUUUCUGGUUAUGUUGGGUUUUUUUUUUUUGGUAGUGUAAUUAAU